CAGUGAGAGAAAGCGACAGCAAAAGUGUUUUAGAGAGAGAAAGUGAAGGAAUCAAGGCGUAUAAUUAAGCUGCUCUCAUGCCAUUUUUACAUUUCAUGAGUUUUUGAACGAAAGAAGGAAAAAAUUGCAUCAUAAACUGCUGUGGUUUUCCGAUCUGUGUGUUUGUAGCCUAAGAUUGGUGGUUUUAGGGUUUAACCUGAGCUGGUUAUUUUUGUACUGAAAAUGAGACUUAAUCAGUUAUCAUUGCAAUGAAUACGCUUGUAAUGAGGAAAAAUUUGAUGAUUUUGGUAGUUUGAUUUCUUCGAGAUUUGUGUUUUACAAGACUUUGUGUUACGUGCGGAGUUUGUUCUGGUUAUAAUCAUGGAGAAUCGAGGGUCAACUUUUCUCUCGUCUGAAGGAAUUGUCAAAUUGAUGUGUGUUCUUUUUUCAAUUUUCUUUUUGUGAAGACCUGCUGUAUAAGGAGCUAUGGAAGGCAUGUACGGGCCCACUAGUGGAUGUUCCAAGAGAUGGAGAGAGAGUUUUCUACUUUCCUCAAGGCCACAUGGAACAAUUGGAGGCAUCAACAAAUCAGGAACUUAACCAAAGAAUUCCUCUCUUCAAUCUCAAAUCAAAGAUCCUUUGUCGCGUUGUUCAUACUCAAUUACUGGCCGAACAAGAAACAGAUGAAGUUUAUGCACAGAUCACUCUACUUCCAGAACAAAAUCAAAGUGAUAGCGAUCCUACAAGUCCCGAUGAAUCCCUUGAAGAGCCUCAAAGACCAAAUGUUCACUCUUUCUGUAAAGUCUUGACAGCUUCAGAUACAAGUACUCAUGGUGGAUUUUCAGUGCUUCGAAAGCAUGCAAAUGAAUGCCUACCUCCCUUGGACAUGACUCAACCAACACCAACACAAGAGUUAGUAGCCAAGGAUCUUCAUGGCACAGAAUGGCGAUUUAAACAUAUCUUUAGAGGUCAACCACGAAGGCAUUUGCUAACAACAGGAUGGAGUACUUUUGUAACUUGUAAAAGAUUAGUGGCUGGGGAUUCCUUUGUUUUCCUUAGGGGCGAAAAUGGCGAAUUACGGGUAGGUGUCAGACGAUUUACACGCCAACAAAGCUCAAUGCCCUCUUCAGUAAUUUCAAGCCAAAGCAUGCACCUUGGAGUUCUUGCAACUGCAUCACAUGCUGUUUCAACACAAACCCGUUUUGUUGUUUACUAUAAACCAAGUACAAGUCAGUUCAUCAUAGGCUUGAACAAGUAUAUAGAAGCUAUAAACAACAAGUUUAGUGUUGGGAUGCGAUUUAAGAUGCCAUUUGAGGGUGAGGAUUCUCCUGAAAGAAGGUUUACAGGGACAAUAGUUGGAGUUGAAGAUAUAUCUCCCCAGUGGGAGCUUUCUAAAUGGCGUUCAUUGAAGGUUGAAUGGGAUGAAGCUGCAUCUAUUACUAGACCUGAAAGGGUUUCUCCAUGGGAGAUUGAACCAUUCGCAACUCCUCCUCCUCCUUCGAUCCCCCCCACAACGUCACUCCAACCACCAAAAAGUAAAAGGCCUAGGCCUCCUGAAGGGCAGAUGAGUAAUUUCACACCCCCUCAAAUGGACACAGGGUGGCUAUCAUCUGUCCCAUCGCAUCAAGAAACCAUGAAAAACACUAAUAAUAAUAACGAUUCAGUUGAGUUGAAGAAAGUAGCAGAAAGUAUUUCGAGUUGUAGAAUAUUUGGUUUCGACUUAAUGAUCCCUACUAAUAUUAUACCCGAGACACAACCACAACCACAACCAGCGUCAAAUGUCUAUUAUACCCUUGCCCCAAGUCCGUUGUCUGUUGGAACUUCUGACCUCACAAAGGAGUUGCAAGUAUCACCAAAAGAAGUCCAAAGCAAACAAACCACAUGUACUCGUUCGCGUACUAAGGUUCAAAUGCAAGGAAUGGCAGUGGGUCGGGCAGUGGACUUAACUGUAUUAAACGGGUAUGAUGAGCUUAUAAAUGAACUGGAAGAGAUGUUUGAGAUUAAAGGACAAUUAUACCCUCGUAACCAAUGGGAAAUUGUCUUCACUGAUGAUGAAGGAGACAUGAUGCUCAUGGGCGACGAUCCAUGGCAGGAAUUCUGUGGCAUGGUGAAACGGAUAUUAGUAUGCUCAAGUCAAGAUGUGAAGAAAAUGAGAGUGGGGAGUAGUAGCAAGCUUCCGAUUUCUUAUACAGACAAUGAAGUUUCGGGAGUUAGUUUGGAAGCUGCAGAAAACUGAAAAAAAGGUUCAAAGUUGGUUCCCCUUUUAGCUUACUUCCACUCUUUUUAUCGUCUUCCUUUUUUUUUUUGGUUGUGUCUGAGAUUUAUAAUUUAGGGUGUGGCUAAUUUGGUGUUGGUUUCUAAGAUGGUGUUUGCUUGAAUCUGUGUAUAUAGUUAGAAGUGUGAUUUAAUUUAUUGUGAUUGUAAAUAUGCUGAAUUGUUUUUCUAUGGAUAAUGUAGUUUAAUGGUAUUAUUGAUUUUCGGUUUGCUUGUUCAAGCAAAAUUUAUAAAA